GGCGCCGCCGCGGCCAUGGGGAGCUGAGGUGGCGGCACAGGCAGCGGCCCCGGCCCGGCCCGGCCCGGCCGCCCGCCCGCUCCCCAUGGGCUGUGGGGCCGCGGGACAUGGAGCGGUGCGCGGCCCGCCGGGCCCCGGAGGAAGAGCGUCGAGUGCGAGCCAACGCGCGGGACUACAACGAGAAGUUCCAGUACGCAAGCAACUGCAUCAAGACCUCCAAGUACAACAUUGUUACCUUCCUGCCUGUCAACCUCUUCGAGCAGUUCCAGGAAGUGGCCAACACCUAUUUCCUCUUCCUCCUCAUCCUGCAGCUGAUCCCUCAGAUCUCUUCGCUCUCUUGGUUUACCACCAUCGUGCCUUUGGUUCUUGUCUUAACCAUCACAGCUGUCAAAGACGCCACCGAUGACUAUUUCCGCCAUAAAAGCGACAACCAGGUGAACAACCGGCAGUCUCAGGUCCUGAUCGGUGGAGUCCUUCGACAGGAGCAGUGGAUGAAUGUCCGUGUCGGAGACAUCAUCAAGUUGGAGAACAAUCAGUUUGUGGCGGCCGACCUCCUCCUCCUGUCCAGCAGCGAGCCCCAUGGGUUGUGUUACAUAGAGACCGCAGAGCUGGAUGGAGAGACCAACAUGAAGGUACGUCAGGCCAUCCCUGUCACCGCAGAGCUGGGGGACACCAGCAAGCUGGCUCACUUUGAUGGUGAGGUGAUCUGUGAACCCCCCAACAACAAGCUGGACAAGUUUGGUGGAACUCUGUACUGGAAGGAGAACAAGUACCCCCUGAGCAACCAGAACAUGCUGCUGCGGGGCUGCGUCCUGCGCAACACUGAGUGGUGCUUUGGCCUCGUCAUCUUUGCAGGGCCCGACACAAAACUGAUGCAGAACAGUGGCCGGACCAAAUUUAAGCGGACAAGCAUCGACCGGCUGAUGAACACGCUGGUGCUCUGGAUCUUCGGGUUCCUGGUGUGCAUGGGAGUGAUCCUGGCCAUUGGCAAUGCCAUCUGGGAGCACGAGGUGGGCGUCUGCUUCCAGAUCUACUUGCCGUGGGACGAGGGGGUGCACAGUGCCUUCUUCUCUGGCUUCCUCUCCUUCUGGUCCUACAUCAUCAUCCUCAACACUGUGGUGCCCAUCUCGCUCUAUGUGAGCGUGGAGGUGAUCCGGCUUGGGCACAGCUACUUCAUCAACUGGGACAAGAAGAUGUACUGUGCCAAGCGCCGGACGCCAGCUGAAGCCCGCACCACCACCCUCAACGAGGAGCUGGGGCAGGUGGAGUACAUCUUCUCUGACAAGACUGGCACCCUCACCCAGAAUAUCAUGGUCUUCAGCAAGUGUUCUGUGAACGGGCACAGCUAUGGUGAUGUGCAGGAUUUGCUGGGUCACAAGGCAGAGCUGGGAGAGAGGCCGGAGCCAGUCGACUUCUCCUUCAACCCACUGGCAGACGCACGGUUCCAGUUCUGGGACCCCAGCCUGCUGGAAGCUGUCAAGCUGGGAGACCUCCACGUGCACGAGUUCUUCCGCCUGCURUCGCUCUGUCACACUGUCAUGUCCGAGGAGAAGAGUGAAGGGGAGUUGUUGUACAAGGCGCAGUCCCCAGAUGAGGGAGCGCUGGUCACAGCUGCCAGAAACUUUGGCUUCGUGUUCCGGUCCCGCACCCCCAAAACCAUCACAGUGCAUGAGCUGGGUCAAGCCAUCACCUACCAGCUGCUGGCUAUCCUGGAUUUCAACAACAUCCGCAAGCGCAUGUCUGUCAUUGUGCGGAGCCCUGAGGGCAAGAUCCGGCUGUACUGCAAAGGAGCCGACACCAUCCUGUUGGAGCGACUGCAUGCUGUCAACCAGGASCUGACCAGCGUCACCACUGACCACCUCAAUGAGUACGCUGGCGAGGGGCUGCGGACACUGGUGCUGGCCUACAAAGACCUGGAGGAGAGCUACUACAGAGACUGGUCUGAGCGGCUGCACCAAGCUGGCAGUGCCUCUGAGGCCCGUGAGGAUCGCCUGGCUCGGCUCUACGACGAGGUGGAGCAUGAUAUGAUGCUGCUUGGAGCCACAGCCAUUGAGGACAAACUGCAGCAGGGGGUCCCUGAAACCAUCGCCAUCCUGACGYUGGCCAACAUCAAGAUCUGGGUGCUGACAGGGGACAAGCAGGAAACAGCUGUGAACAUCGGCUACUCCUGCAAAAUGCUGACAGAUGACAUGACAGAGGUGUUUGUAGUCACAGGCCACACUGUGCUGGAGGUGCGAGAGGAGCUCAGGAAAGCCCGGGAGAAGAUGAUGGACACAUCGCGUUCUGUGGGCAAUGGCUUCUGUCAGGAGAAACUCUCCUCCAAAUUCACCUCUGUGCUGGAAGCCAUUGCGGGMGAAUAUGCCCUGGUCAUCAAUGGACACAGCCUGGCCCAUGCGCUGGAGGCAGACAUGGAGGUGGAAUUCCUGGAGACAGCUUGUGCCUGCAAAGCUGUUAUCUGCUGCCGUGUAACACCCCUGCAGAAAGCCCAGGUGGUGGAGCUAGUGAAGAAGUACAAGAAAGCCGUGACUUUGGCCAUUGGGGAUGGGGCCAACGAUGUCAGCAUGAUCAAGACUGCCCACAUUGGGGUGGGCAUCAGUGGGCAGGAAGGCAUCCAGGCUGUGCUGGCCUCCGACUACUCCUUCUCCCAGUUCAAGUUCCUACAGCGCCUGCUCCUGGUGCACGGGCGCUGGUCCUACCUGCGCAUGUGCAAGUUUCUUUGCUACUUCUUCUACAAGAACUUUGCCUUCACCAUGGUCCACUUCUGGUUUGGCUUCUUCUGCGGCUUCUCAGCACAGACAGUGUAUGACCAGUACUUCAUCACGCUCUACAACAUUGUCUACACGUCACUGCCUGUACUCGCUAUGGGUGUCUUUGACCAGGAUGUGCCAGAGCAGCGGAGCAUGGAGUACCCCAAGCUCUACGAACCUGGGCAGCUGAACCUGCUCUUCAACAAGCGGGAGUUCUUCAUCUGCAUUGCCCAGGGCAUCUACACCUCUGUCCUCAUGUUCUUCAUCCCCUACGGCGUCUUUGCUGACGCCACCCGUGAUGACGGCGCCCAGCUGGCCGACUACCAGUCUUUCGCUGUCACUGUCGCCACCUCCCUCGUGAUUGUUGUCAGUGUGCAGAUUGGGUUGGACACAGGAUUCUGGACAGCCAUCAACCAUUUCUUCAUCUGGGGCAGCCUGGCUGCCUACUUUGCCAUCCUCUUCACCAUGCACAGUGAUGGCCUUUUCCGUAUAUUCCCCAACCAGUUCCGCUUUGUAGGUAAUGCGCAGAACACGCUGGCCCAGCCCACGGUCUGGCUGACCAUCGCCCUCACCACUGUAGUCUGCAUCGUGCCCGUCGUGGCCUUUCGCUUCCUUAAGCUGGACCUGAAACCAGAGCUCUCAGACACGGUGCGCUACACUCAGCUGGUACGGAAGAAGCAGAAGACACAGCACCGCUGCAUGCGGCACACAGGGCGUGUGGGCUCACGCCGCUCUGGCUACGCCUUCUCCCACCAAGAGGGUUUUGGRGAGCUCAUCAUGUCUGGCAAGAACAUGCGGCUCAGCUCCCUGGCGCUCUCCAGCUUCACCCCCCGCCCCAGCAGCAGCUGGAUYGACACCCUGCGGAAGAAGAAGGGCUGCGAGGGCAGCAGUGCUGGCAGCCCCAGUGGCGCAUCUGACAAGACUCUCAAGGUCUGAGGCUGAAGGGGAUCACGUUCCCUUCAGAGCAGAUGGGGGCCCCCCUCCUCUGCCCUGGCCCUGGGGCGGGCAAAAGCCCCUUCUCAGCAGGGUCCCAUGGUGGGAGCUGAGAUCACGUGGGGGCCGGUGCUGAGGUUUGGAGGAGUCUGGACUGUCACCUUCUUGCCAGCAAAUAUACUCUUACCCUCCCUGGGGUGGGUGGACGGAUGGAUGGAUGGAUGGAUGGAUGGAUGGAUGGAUGGAUGGACGGACGGACGGAUGGAUGGAUGUCAUCGCCAGCAGCCCCCCCUGUUUGCUUCUCUAUCAGUAUCCGAUUCCACCGAGUGCAAAAGCCCCCAUCACACACGAAUGUAUCAUGCCAGAGGUGCAGGAGUCUAGGGGGACUGUGGCCUCUCCCUGCUCCUCACCCACGUGUCUUUUUUUUAUAUAAACAAAAAUAGGAAAAAGAAGACCCCCCUCCCCAGAAAUAGCGACAAAAAAAAAAAAAGGAAAAAUCCUCUAAGUUUACAGAGCGACUCGUUUCUUGGCUGUGUACAGGGAGAAGGGGAAGGAAGGUCACCCUCUGUAUCCUCCCGCCUCGGGGUUCACCAGGACAGUGGGUGCUGGGUGGGAAAGGGGAAGCAUUCUGUGCCACAGGGAAGGCUGGGUGUUGGCGGCUGCCGUGAUUCACUCCCACGCGCGGUCUUGCGCAACCCUCGGCCUCUGCUUCCUCCGUGCUCUGCAGCUCCCGCGGGACUGAGCGCUCCURUGGCUUUGGGUGGGCAGUGGGACACUCCCGGGGACUCUCUGCGGGUSUUGGGGUCCCAGGGACGCGAUACCAAA